AUUUUAAUUACUGGUUCAAUCUUCUUACUAAUUAUAGGUCUAUUCAGAUUUUCUAUGUCUUCAUUAGUUAGUCUGGGUAGUUGUAUGUUUCUAGGAAUUUAUCCAUUUUUUUCUAGGUUAUCCAGUUUGUUGGUGUAUAGUUGUUCAUAGUAGUUUCUUAAGAUACUUCGUAUUUCUGUGGUAUCAGUUGCAAUAUUUCCUUUUUCAGUUCUGAUUUAUUUGAGUCUUCUCUCUUUUUUCUAGUUUGUCUAGCUAAAGGUUUGUCAAUUUUGCUUUUUUUUAAAAAAAAUUGACUCUUCACAAUUUUUUGGAUAUGAACCCCAAAGCACACUCAACAAAAGCAAAAAUAGAUAAAUAGGAUUGCAUCACACUGAAAAGUUUCUGCCCACCAAAGGAAAUAAUCAACAGAGUGAAGAGACAACAUAAGGAAUGAAGGAAGAUGCUUAUAAACCAUAUAUCUGAUAAGAGGUUAAUCACCAAAAUACAUAAGGAACACAAAAACUCAGUAGCAACAAAACAAAUAACCCAAUUAAAAAAUGGACAAAGGACAGGAAUAGACAUUUCUCAAAAGAAGACACACAAAUGGCCAAAAGGUAUAUGAAAAAAUGCUCAAUGUCAGUAAUUAUAAGAGAAAUGCAUAUUAAAAUGACAACGAAAUAUCACCUUACACCUUUUUAAAUGGCUUUCUUCAAAAAGACAAAAUAAAACAAGUAUUGGUGAGGCUAUGGAGAGAAGGGAACUCUUAUAAACUGUUGGUGGGAAUGUAAAUUAAUACAGCCAUUAUGGGAAAAUGUAUGCAGGUAACUGAGAAAACUAAAAAUAGAACUACCAUAUGAUCCAGCAAACCAAUUUCUGGGAAUAUAUCCACAGGAAAUGAAAUCAGUAUAUCAAAGAGAUAUCUGCACUCCUAUGUUUAUUGCAGCACUGUUCACAAUAGUCAAGUUAUGAAAUCAUCCUAAGUGUCAAUUGAUGGAUGAAUAGAUAAAUAAAAUAUUAUAUAUACACAUAUAUUUAUACACACACAUGCAAUGAAAUACUCUUCAGCCUCAAAAAGAAAAGACAAUCCCGUCAUUUGCAAUAACAUGGAUAAGCCUGAAGGACAUUGUGCUAAGUAAAGUAAGCCAGGUAUGGAAAGACAAAUACCACAUGAUCUCACUUACAAGUGGAACAUUUUAAAAAGUUGAACUCAUAGAAGCGGAGAGCAGAAUGGUGAUUGCUAGAAGCUGUGACUAUGGGGAGGAAUGGGAAGAUGUUGGUCAAAGUGUGCAAGGUUUCAGUUAGACAGGGUGAAUAAGAUCUAGGGUUCUAACAUACAGCGUGGUGAGUAUAGUUAACAAUAAUGUAUGUAUACUUGAAAACUGCUCACAGAGUAAAUCUUACAUGUUCUCCUAAAAAAUGUUAAGUAUUUGGUGUGUCAGAUAUGAUAAUUAGUUUGAUUUAAUCAUUUUACAGUGUAUCCAUAUAUCAAAACAUCAUGUUUUACACUGUAAGCAUAUAUAAUUUCUAUUUGUCACUUAACCUUAAUAAAACUGGAAAAUAUUUUAGAAGAACAUAGUGACAUAGAAAAGCAGCAUAAUGAAGUUUUUAAAAUAGACUUUUUUUUAAGAACAAUUUCAGGUUCACAGCAAAUUUGAGGAGAAAGUACAGAAAGUUUUUAAAUACCUUUCCCCUGUCACACACCACCGCUUCUCUCCACCCACGUCAACAUCCUGCACCAGUGGUACAUUCGUUACAAAUAAUGAGCCAACAUUGACACAUCACUAUCACCCAAAGUCUAUAGUUUACAUUGGGGUUGACUCUUAGGGUUGUGCAUCCACUGAGUUUUGACAUAUGUAUAAUGAUAUAUAUCUACCAUUACAGUACUAUACAAAAUCAACCCACUGCCCUAAAAAUCCUCUGUGUUCUGCCUGUUCAUCCCAUCCUCUCCCCAGUCAUUGGGAACCAGUGAUCUUUAAACUAUCUCCAUAGUUUUGCCUCUCUCAGACCGGUUUCUUUCACUUAGCAAUAUGUUUUCAAUUUCCUUCAUGUCUUUUUGCAGCUUGAUAGCUCAUUUUAUCACUGAAUGGAAUAUUCUUUUGUAUGGAUGUACCACAGUAUGUUUAUUCAUUCAGCUACUGAAGGACAUCUUGGCAAUUAUGAAAAAAGUUCCUAUAAACAUUUGUGUGCAGAUUUUUGUGGGGACUUAAGUUUUGAACUCAUCCAGGUAAAUAUCAAGGAGCAUGACUGAUGGGUUGCAUGGUAACAGUAUGAUUAAUUUUGUAAGAAACUCAAACUGUCUACCAAAGUGCUGUACCAUUUUGCAUUCCCACCAGCAAUGAAUGAGAGACUUCUUGCUGUUCCACAUCCUGCCAGCAUUUGAUGUUGUCAGCGUUUGGGAUUUUAUUCAUUCUAGUAGGUGUAUAGCAAUACAUCUUUUUUGUCUUAAUUUGGAAUUCCCUAAUGAUGUAUGAUGUGGAGCAUCUUUUCAUGUGCUGAUUUACCAUCUGUAUAUCAUCUCUAUUGAUAUGUUUGUUCAGCUGUUUUGCUAAUUUUUUAAUUGGGAUCAUUUUCUUAUUGUUGAGUUCUAAUUAUUCUUAUUUUUUAUAACAGUUCUUAAUCAUGUAUAUGAUUUGACGUACUUUCUAUUGGUCUGUAGCUUUUCUUCCCAUUGUUUUAACAGUGUCUUUUGUAGAGCAGAAGUUAUUAAUCUUAACGAAGUCCAAUACCAAUUUUUACUUUCAUGGAUCAUGCCUUUGAUGUUGUAUCUAAGAUGUCAUUUACAAACCCAAGGUCACCUAGGUUUUCUCCUUUUUAUCUUCUAAGAGUUUUAUAGUUUUGCAUUUUAUAUUUAGGUCUAUGAUCUAUUUUGAGUUAAUUUUUGUGAAAGGUGUAAGGUCUGUAUCUAUGUAUCCAGCUUCUUUUCUUUUUUUCUCUUUCUUUCUUUUUUUUUUGUGAUUGGAUGUCUAGUUGUUCUAGCACCAUUUGUUGAAAAGGUGAUCUUUUCUCCAUUAGAUUUCUUUUGCUCCUUUGUCAAAGAUCACUUGACUCUAUGUGUGGGUCUAUCUUGGCCUCUCUAUUCUGUUCCAUUAAUCUAUUUGUCUGCUCUUUCACCAAUACCACACUGUCUUGAUUACCGUAACUAUAGUAAGUCUUGAAGUUGGGCAAUGUCAGUCCUCAGAAUUUGUUCUUCUCCUUUAAUAUUGUGUUGGCUAUUAUGGGUCUUUUGCCUUUUCAUAUGAACUUGAGAAUCAGUUUGUGAUAUUCACAAAAUAACCUCCUGGGAUUCUGAUUGGAAUUACUUUGAAUCUAUAGAUGAAGUUGGGAAGAACUGACAUCUUAACAAUAUUAAAUUUUUCCAUCCAUGAACAUAAAAUAUCUCUCUAUUUAGUUCUUUGAUUUCUUUCAUCACAGUUUUGUAGUUUUUCUCAUAUAGAUAUUGUACAUAUUUAUUAGAUUUGUACCUAAAUAUUUCAUUUGAGUGGUGUGCUAAUAUAAAUAGUAUUGUGGUUUUAAUUUCAAAUUCCCAUUGUUCGUUGCUAGUAUAUAGAAAAGCAGUUGACUUUUGUACAUUAAUUUUGUAUCCUUCAAUCUUACCAUAAUUGCUUAUUAGUAACAGGAGAGUUUUUUUGUCAAUUGAAAUUUUUCUACAUCAACAGUCAUGUCAGCUGCAAAGACAGUUUUCUUUUACCUUUUCCUUCACAAUACGUAUACUUUUAAUUUCCUUUUCUUGUCUAAUUUCAUUAGCUGGGACUUUCAGUAUGAUGCUGAAAAGGAUUGCUGAGUAGAGACAUACUUGCCCUGUUCCUUAUUUUAACAGGAAAGCUUCUAGUUUCUCACCAUUAAGCAUGGUGUUAGCUGUACGCUUUUGUAAAUGUUCUUUUUCAAGUUGAGAAAGUUCCCCUCUAUUCAUAGUUUGCUGCUAUACAAUAUGAUUUUAAUAUAAAAAAGCAGUACAUAAAGUAGUGUGUACAAUUUCAUUCCGAUUUUUGUGACAACUGUAUUUUGCAUUGGAAAAAAGCCUGGAAGAGAAUACGUUCAUAAUUGAAAGUCGUCAUUUUUGGCUGGAUAAUGGAUAUUUUCUUCUCCACAUACUUCUAUCUUUUCUAAAUUUGCCCCGAUGAAAAAUAAUAUUAUGAAAGGUGAUUAGGUAGUCUGAAGAGAAUGCCUUUCGGCCGUCGGGGGCAGUGGGGUGGUAAGGAAACAGAUGAGAAGCUUUUAAAAUGGAAAUCUAUGAAGAGAUAACUGAUUUCGUAAUUGCAUCAUCAGUGGGAAAGUAAGCUCUCUGAGGACCAGGUCUGACUGAGAGAUCCCCACAGCGUAAUAGAUAAUACAUUUUGUGUCUCAGCGUUGCUAUGAAACGCCAUUUAUUCACUUGGCAUGCUGAGCAUGGAACCAGGUUUCUUUCUUUCCAAGUAGUUUUGCUAAUUUAGAGAAAGAGAGAGACAGACAUAUACAUAGAGAGAGAGAGUGUGUGUGUGUGUGUGAGAGAGAGAGAGAAAAGUACUGAACUGGGAGCAGCAGGGUUUGAGUCAAAAGAGAAGGGUGGAGGAGCGCGUCCGGUGCCCCAAGGCUUCCAGGCGGAGCGCGGGCGCGAGGUGCGGGCUCCGGGGCGGAGCGCACGCCCGGGAGGCGGGAAGUGGGCAGCAGCGCCCCCGCCUGGCCCCUGUGCGCCCCGACCCGACGCCUCCCCGCCCGACCAGGUGCCUCGAGAGCGCACAGCUGGGAGGGCUCUCCCGGUCGCGGCGAGACUCACGCCUGCGGUGUGCUAGGGCGGCGGCGACGGUGACGGGCGUGGGGCGCGGCGCUGCCUCGGCUGCCGGGUCGUUGCGGCGAGCGCGCGGGCCGGCCUGGAGUCAACGGGCUGAACCGCCGCGCCUGCAUCGUGCCGCACGCCGCGGAGGCGCUCGGGUACAGACCGCGCGGGCGCGCACAAAGCGGCCCGGGGCGGCCGGCGCGGCGCAGACCCUCGGUGGGCAGCGCACUCCAGUCUUCCCCGGCUAGCGGCUGCAGGGAGCUCCGGCCCGCGGCCCCUCCGCCUCAAGUCUGGGAGCUGCCGGUCCCACUCUGUCUUUGCCUAUGGGGAUUCGAGAGUUUCCCAGCGGCGCACCCAGGGGCAAGAGCAUUGCCGUUGGCAUGAGGAGGUCACCGGACGUCAGCCCCCGGAGACUGUCCGACAUCAGCCCCCAGCUCCGGCAGCUCAAGUACUUGGUGGUGGACGAGGCGAUUAAGGAGGAUCUGAAAUGGUCGCGCUCCGUGGAGGAUCUCACCAGCGGGCCCGUGGGGCUCACGUCCAUCGAGGAGCGGAUCCUGCGCAUCACUGGCUACUAUGGCUACCAGCCCUGGGCAGCGAGCUGCAAAAGGGAGGAGCGCCCCCGGGACUCCCCGGGCCCGGCGGAGGCCCAGGCACCGGCCGGGGUGGAGGCCGGCGGGAGAGCGAGUCGCCGCUGCUGGACGUGCUCCCGGGCGCAACUCAAGAAGAUCUUCUGGGGCGUGGCGGUCGUGCUGUGCGUGUGCUCCUCGUGGGCGGGCUCCACGCAGCUCGCCAAGCUGACCUUCAGGAAGUUCGACGCGCCCUUCACCCUCACGUGGUUUGCCACCAACUGGAACUUUUUAUUCUUCCCGUUGUACUACGUGGGGCACGUCUGCAAGUCCACAGAGAAGCAGUCUGUGAAGCAGCGAUACAGGGAAUGCUGUCGAUUUUUUGGAGACAAUGGCUUGACUUUGAAGGUGUUUUUUACCAAGGCAGCACCCUUUGGUGUUCUUUGGACACUCACAAACUACCUGUACUUACAUGCAAUAAAGAAAAUAAACACUACGGAUGUCUCCGUGUUGUUCUGCUGCAACAAAGCUUUUGUGUUCUUGCUCUCAUGGAUCGUUCUCAGGGACAGAUUCAUGGGAGUGAGGAUUGUGGCCGCCAUCCUCGCCAUCGCUGGCAUUGUGAUGAUGACCUACGCUGAUGGCUUCCACAGCCACUCCGUCAUUGGCAUCGCACUGGUGGUGGCCUCAGCAUCGAUGUCUGCCCUCUACAAGGUUUUGUUCAAGCUCCUCCUGGGCAGUGCUAAGUUUGGAGAAGCCGCCUUAUUUUUGUCCAUCUUGGGUGUGUUUAACAUCCUCUUCAUCACCUGCAUUCCUAUUAUCCUCUACUUUACCAAAGUGGAAUACUGGAGCUCUUUUGAUGACAUUCCAUGGGGAAACCUUUGUGGAUUUUCAGUUCUUUUAUUGACAUUCAAUAUUGUAUUAAAUUUUGGAAUCGCCGUUACAUAUCCCACUCUGAUGUCUCUUGGAAUCGUCCUCAGCGUACCUGUGAAUGCAGUGAUUGAUCACUACACCAGUCAGAUCGUCUUCAAUGGGGUCCGGGUCAUCGCCAUCAUCAUCAUCGGCCUGGGUUUUCUCCUCCUGCUCCUGCCAGAGGAGUGGGAUGUCUGGUUGAUCAAGCUGCUCACCCGACUCAAAGUGAGGAAGAAGGAGGAGCCUGCAGAGGGCGCUGCCGACCUGAGCUCAGGACCUCAGAGCAAGAACAGAAGAGCCCGCCCUUCCUUCGCCCGCUAACACCACUCCUCUAGAACUCGGUGGUAAUGACUGGGAGGUCUAUUCCUGCCGGGAGGAACCUCAGUUGGGUAAGGUGUACAUACCUGUACAGUUUUGGUCAUCUGCGGUAAGUUCUAUGGUAUUUAUUGGCAUGUCCAAUUUGCUUGCACUUUUCCACAUCAGACCUUCCACUUAAGGGUACCAAUUCAAUACAAAAGAGAAAAGAAGAACCUCUCAGUGCUUUUCUAACGAAUGUAAAGUGGGUUUAAAAGAUCCCUGCGUAGAUCGUUUUGGAUGGCUGACGUUCUUAACAAGCCAGCCAUCAGGGCAAGUGUUUUGAAUCUUAGCAAGUGUUUUGAAUCUUAGCAACUGAACAUGACAUUGUACACUGUGAUUAUUUUUCAGCUAUGGUAGGUCAUAUUUUGUUUUAUACCAGAGCUGUACUCUUAAUUUUAAGGAAUUUCAAUGAACCAAAAGAUAACUGUCAAUUUAUUUGGAUGGAUGGAUGGAGGGAUGGAAGGAGGGAGGGAAGGAUGUCUGGGAUGUGAAGAGGCAAGGCAGAAAUGGAUGAUGAACAUCAAAAACUGUCAGAGGACAGGUCUGUGCCAGGUACCAGGAAGGACAAGAUAAGUCCAAGCCCCGGCUGGCCUGCUCUCACGUGUCUGUGUAAGAUCAUGCAAGAGAAAUCACAGUGCCUUCUACAGAAUUUUCGUCUUUACCUAUGUGAAGCGAGGUGACGUGAUACGUCACUGGCGCCGUCUUAUAAUUUAGAUGUAAAAAUCUUUAGAAACAAAUAAAACUCUCUAUAUAUGUGUAUGUCUGUGUACAAAAAAAUGACAGAGCUGAUGGCCAGUGUAUACAGAGCGUGGCCCGCGGUGUACAAUACCCAUAUAAGGUACAUUGUGCAGGAGGGGAAUUGCUGGCUGCUUUUACUUCCUGACCAAGACUGAAAAAUUAUUUACUGAAAUCUGUAAACCUUUUUAUGAAACUUUUAAGCACCAGGCUGUUUACUUACACAAUUUAGGUCUGCCAGAAAAUUCUAUCUGUGAUAGAUCUGUAAAGAGGGUCAGGGGUUAGAGUUUACUAUUUUUGAAGUUUACAUUGUUACAUAUGAAAUGGAAACAUUAUUUUGAAACGUUGUCAUAACCCAAUGGUGCAUUCUGUAACCAUGGAGUCUUCUGUUUCCUGGGGGAAAGGGGCAUUCAUGACCUGAACUUUUUAGCAAAUUAUUAUUCUCAGUUUCCAUUACCUGUUUGGCCAAACAGAUUAAUAAAAUAUUUGAAAAAGAA